GCGGCGGCGGCAGUCGGAGGCUGUGGGGGCGGCGCGGCCGAGAGGGUAGCGGGCAGGUGGCGGAGCGGUUCCGGGAGCUUCUCGGCGAGUGCGGCGCGGCCCUGCCCGGCCCUGCCCUGCCGGAUGAAGAACGGCGCAGGCCAUGUCGCGGCACCCGACCCCCAGCCCCUGCGGCCGGCUGGGUCGUAGGACGGCGCAGCUCCCCCGCGCCCUAUAGCGAUCCCCCCUCCCAGACCCCCUAUUUAAUUUUGUACCUAAUUUAUUAAUCCCUCGCCCCGCGCCAUGGACCCGACCCCCGCGGUGCCCCCUGCCUCCAUGGCGGCCUUCCUCUGGAUGCUAGUCCUGGGCUUCAUCAUUGCCUUCGUCCUGGCUUUCUCCGUCGGCGCCAACGAUGUGGCUAACUCCUUCGGCACGGCGGUGGGCUCGGGGGUGGUGACCCUCCGGCAGGCCUGCAUCUUGGCCAGCGUCUUCGAGACCGUGGGCUCCGUCCUGCUGGGAGCCAAAGUCAGCGAGACCAUCCGGAAGGGGCUGAUCGACGUGGAGAUGUACAACUCCACACAGCAGCUGCUGAUGGCUGGCUCGAUCAGUGCCAUGUUCGGAUCUGCCGUGUGGCAGCUGAUGGCUUCGUUCUUGAAGCUCCCCAUUUCUGGUACCCACUGCAUCGUUGGAGCGACCAUUGGCUUCUCGCUGGUGGCCAAAGGGCAGGAAGGUGUCAAAUGGUCUGAGCUGCUGAAGAUUGUGCUGUCCUGGUUCAUCUCACCCCUCCUUUCGGGCAUCAUGUCUGCUAUCCUCUUCUUCCUCGUCCAGAGGUUCAUCCUUCACAAGGCAGAUCCUGUUCCCAACGGCCUGCGAGCUCUGCCUGUCUUCUACGCCUGCACCGUGGGGAUCAACCUCUUCUCCAUCAUGUACACUGGGGCACCCUCUCCCUUGUUUUAUUUCCUAGUGCUGGGCUUUGACAAACUUCCUCUGUGGGGUAUCCUCCUCAUUUCGGCCGGGAGUGCUGUUGUCUGUGCUCUCGUCGUCUGGUUCUUUGUAUGUCCAAGGAUGAAGAAGAAAAUUGAAAGAGAGAUCAAAUCAAGUCCUUCUGAAAGUCCCUUGAUGGAAAAGAACAUCGGCCCCAAGGAGGAGCACGAGGAGCCCAAGGUGCCUCUGGGUGAUGCCAAGAGCCCUGCUGCUGAGGUGGGCUCAGCCGUGCCCCAGCGGGCAGCAGUGGAGGACAGAACAGUCUCCUUCAACCUGGGCGACCUGGAGGAGAGCCAGGAGCAGGAGACGCUGCCCAGCCUUGACCUGAAGGACUCCAGCAUCGACAGUGGAGGCGUGCAGCUGCCCAACGGCAGCCUGGUGCAGUUCCACCCGGCCGUGGGGCAGCAGCUGAGCUCCAGUGGGCAGUACCACACCGUGCACAAGGACUCAGGGCUCUACAAGGAGCUGCUGCACAAACUGCACCUGGCCAAGAUGGGCGACUGCAUGGGGGACUCGGGCGACAGGCCCCUGCGGCGCAACAACAGCUACACCUCCUACACCAUGGCCAUCUGCGGCAUGCCCCUGGACUCCCUGCGUGCCAGGGAGGGCGAGGAGGGGGAGAAGCUGGCCUGGCCCGCGGUGGACAGCAAGAAGAGGGUGCGCAUGGACAGCUACACCAGCUACUGCAACGCCGUGGCCGAUGCCCACCCUGCCGCAGAGGCGGAGCUGAGCGCUGCCCAGGUGGAGCUGGGCAUGGGCGAGCACAAGGGCAGCAGUGGCUCCCUGGAGGAGUGGCACGAGCAGGACAAGCCGGAGGUGUCCCUGCUCUUCCAGUUCCUGCAGAUCCUCACCGCCUGCUUUGGCUCCUUCGCCCACGGAGGCAACGAUGUCAGCAAUGCCAUAGGGCCUCUGGUUGCCCUCUACCUGGUCUAUCAGACGGGUGAUGUGGCUACCAAGGUGGCGACUCCCAUCUGGCUGCUGCUCUACGGAGGGGCAGGGAUUUGCAUCGGGCUGUGGGUCUGGGGCAGGAGAGUCAUCCAGACCAUGGGCAAGGACCUCACCCCCAUCACACCCUCGAGUGGCUUCAGCAUUGAGCUGGCAUCUGCCCUGACCGUGGUGAUCGCCUCCAAUGUUGGCCUGCCCAUCAGCACAACCCACUGCAAGGUGGGCUCGGUGGUGUCGGUGGGCUGGCUGCGCUCCCGGAAGGCUGUGGACUGGCGUCUGUUCCGCAACAUCUUCAUGGCCUGGUUCGUGACUGUGCCCAUCUCGGGGCUCAUCAGCGCUGCCAUCAUGGCACUCUUCAAGUUUGCCAUCCUGAAGGUGUGAGUGGCACCGGGGAGGGAGAGAAAGGGAGGUGCUGGCAGCGACCGCGGCUGCUGCUUCCCUGCUGCCACCUCCAACCCCACCCUACCCUCCAGGCAGCCCCAGGGAGGUUGCUCCGGGUGGGGUGGGGGCUGCCAGCGCCUCGGGGGUCCCUCAGCUCUGCGUAGUGUUGUCACUGAAGUUCAUUUUGGGUUUUUGUUUUUGUUUUUGUUUUUCUCUGUCUAUUUUUUUUUUUAAUCUCAAUGUCUGGGGGCCGAGUUCCUGGUGGGGAAGUGGGCACCAGCAGCGCUGAGCCUGUGCCCCCCCCCGAAGCCCCCCUCUAGGGGCACUCCCCUGCUGCGCUGUAGCUUUAGAUUAGCAGUUUUGGGAGGCCACUUAACUUUUAAUGACUUAAUUAACAUCCUCCGGCAGUGAUUGCUCCGUGGGUAAGGACUGAGGCUGGGCUGUGCCCGUGCUGGGAGGGCUGGGGGGGUCCCUCCCUCGGCCUGGGCUGGGCUGUGCUGUGUUCAGCUUUGCCUCCAUUGCUGUAGUGCUGUUGGACAUCGGCUGCUGCCCAACAUCAUCCUGCUUGGGGGGUCUGGGGGUGGGCAGCAACCCCCAGCCCCCCUCACUGCUGCUACCUCGGACUCAAUAAAGAUUUCCUUUGUACUCCA